AUGUUCAAAGUCGGUGACGAUUUUGAAAAGAAACAAGCCUCCCGGCCAGAGUUCAAGCGUGACGUCCCCGUCACUUUCUCGCAGCCACCGAACCCCAGCUGGAAACAGGGAGAGGGCGCCAACGAUGGCGGUGAGAGCUUGAAAAAAAACCACAUCGAGAUCGACCCUUACGAAGAAGGCCGACCGGCCGCCUCCAACUAUAAGCUGUUGAUCUCGGGCAUAGUCCCUCGUCCGAUUGCGCUCAUUAGCACAAAGUCCAAAGAUGGAAAGACGACAAACUUGGCACCGUUCAGUUAUUCGAAUGUCAUUAACCAUGACCCUCCGCUCUUCACGGUCGGAAUUGUUGGCUCCCUGGACAAGGCCAAAGACACACUGAAGAACCUGGCGGAGACGGAGGAGUGUGUGAUCAACAUCAUCUCGGAGCAUUUUGUCGAAGCUGCCAAUGCGACGGCCAUCAACGCUCCCUAUGGAGUGUCCGAAUGGGAAGUCUCCGGGCUCACCCAAGCACCCAGUGCCGUUGUUCAGGCGGCCCGUGUGAAAGAGUCCAUCCUGGCGAUCGAAGGCAAGCUGGUGGAAACCAAGGAGUUCGAGAGCCGGUCUACUCCUGGCAAGAAAUCCGGAGUGUUGGCAAUAAUCGAGGGUGUUCGUUUCUGGGUGAGAGAUGAUGCGAUCAACGAAGACAAGAGCAUUGUCGAUCUGAAAGUGCUGAAGCCUAUUAGUCGGCUGGGAGGCAUUUCGUACGGGCGGACCACCGACGCAAUCGAAAUUCCAAGACCGCAGUUCUAG